CUGUUUUCUUCUGUUAUUUCGAAAGCCUCUGGAUAAGAGAGAGAGCUCAGCUCAACUCAACUCAACACCGCUUCUGAUCGAUUUCAAGUUCUCUUUGGAGAAUCUCAUCAUUUACGCCCAUAGUUUUCUUCUGCGUUCUAUCUGUCUCUCUGUGAUUUUAAAUGAUUUUCGGCGGCUACUGAUUUUUGUGUUUUUAUUUUAUUUUGAGCUGGAUUCGUGGUCGAUCUAAUCAUCAACUUUGAACAGACUAGAAUCGAAUUUUUAAUAAUGCGUUUUCUGCUUCGCUAACUGUUUGUUCGCAUGUUCGGUGAUAGAUCUGAUUUUAUAUGGAUUUCAGCGUUCAAUCUGGAAUUGCAUUGUGGUGUAGUAAUUUUUUCUGCUUGCUUGAUCCUCUAGGGAUGAAUGUAAUUAUAGCAUACGGUUUGGAUUAUCUUUUGGAGCGUCUUCUGUUAGGUUUUCUGCUCUAAAGUCCUUGGAUCCAUUUUUCGUUGCUCAUUUUCGUGGUUUUUUUUUUUUCAUUUUCUUUUUUUAUGUUUAUGUUUAUUUUAUUUCUUCUGUGCGUAAUCGCUUGGGCUUGCAGCUUCAAAUGGAUUUAUUGAAACUUUGGUGUUUUGUUUAACUCAGUCGUAUCCGUCGAAAGAAUUUUUGAAUAAACUUCUUCCUAGAAGAAAUCGAGGUUAUCUCGUUUUAGCUUUUCCAAAAGCAGAUUUUUAACUUUGAAGCUAAAUUUAGGCUAACGAGGAUUUUUUUAUUCACUUUCCUUGAGUCUUUCUUCUAAAAGUCCUUCUCGAGUAAUUUAUCCUAGCAGACCUAAGUGUAAUUAACCCUAUGCAGAGGAAUCAGACAUUAUUGUUGAUGUUUCAAUCACAUUGCAUGGGCUUGUGGAUCUGCUUGCUUGUACAUUGUAGGCAUUGCUAGUGUGAAAGGAGGUGUUUUCAUAAUGUAACUGCCAGUUGCUUGUUAAUGUGUGGAAUUGUACAGGCGAACGCAGCAUCAGGUAUGGCUGUCCACGAUGACUGCAAGUUAAAGUUUUUGGAGCUCAAGGCGAAGAGGACAUAUCGGUAUAUCGUUUAUAAGAUUGAGGAGAAGCAGAAGCAAGUUGUUGUGGAGAAGCUGGGUGAGCCAGCAAAUGGUUAUGAAGAUUUCACUGCCAGUCUUCCAGCUGAUGAGUGUCGAUAUGCUGUUUAUGAUUUUGAUUUUGUCACGGAAGAGAAUUGCCAGAAGAGCAGAAUUUUCUUCAUUGCAUGGUCCCCUGAUACAUCUAGGGUUAGGAGCAAGAUGAUUUAUGCGAGCUCCAAAGAUAGAUUCAAGAGAGAGCUUGAUGGAAUUCAGGUUGAGCUGCAGGCAACUGAUCCUACUGAGAUGGGUCUUGAUGUGUUCAAAAGCCGUGUCAAUUAAAAGAUUCUGUUUAUGCAUUAUAUGAGUUGUGAUGGGGAUCUUCCUUCAGCUGAAGUUCCUCAUAUGGAAAUGUCUAUAUUUUGUGGGAUGGUCAACUUGGCUAAUUUGGACUCUAUUUUCCAAGUUUUGACAAUGAAGUCUAUUGCAACUUCAACCAGCUUCUCUUGUUCCAGUGUAUCUUGUGGUUUGUGACAUACAACCCGUGUUUGGGUUUCAUCUUAAUCCUAUGCCUGCUAGUUAAUUUUUGUGACUGCUUUUUGUGUGAUUGGACUAAAACUUGGGAUCGACUAUUGAUGUAAUAUUGACAAUUGCCAUCUUACUAAUGUCUUGCAAGUCAAAUUAACUGAA